AUGGCUUUUGCCCAGGCGUUCCUCGCAGCAAGCGCAGGCUCUGCCAACUGUUGGCGCCUGGGUCGAGCAACAAUUCACAAGUAUAAAAUGGCGGAUAAACAAGAAAAAACAGAAAGCGCAGAAAGCGCAGAAAGCGCAGAAAAACAGUCGGAAGAGAAGCGAACAGAGGAUUCAGUUCUACCUGUAGACUUGUUUAGUAGACGUUAUACCCUAGAUGAAUGCAGAGAGAUUGGGAAAGGGAUGUUAGAAGCUUUGAAAACAGCCAUACAACCAGAGGAAGUUGGGUAUAUUCCCGCACUACAAGAACCGCACGCCAAAGCUUGGAAAUACUUGGAGGAAAGCCAUGCCUUGUUACUGAUGGAGAUAUCUCUUUUGUCAGAUUCUGAUGACGAAGGUGGUGUAUGAGCAGCCAAGUGAACCACUAAAGUUCAUGAUCGACGAAGUGGAGAAAAUGCGAGGAACAGAUCUUGCAAAAUCAAAUCCUUAACCUAAGUAGACUUUGAUGGCACAAGCACUGUUCAAGUACAAAUUGCCGAUUGUAUUAUUUAUUACUUUAACAAAGCUGUAAAUGAAGAGUUUUAGCAAGGAGAAUUAUGAAGAAUGUAAACUUUAAAGUGUAAUAAUUUUUAAUAGAGUUUAUGGUAUGUACAUGCCUGUAAAUAGCUUUUUCAUAAAGAGUUUAUAUAGAGUUCUUUUUAGAUAUGUUUUUUUAAGAGUACAAAAUUUGUGUAAAUAUUCUUAGACAAAAUUAUGUAUCAUGUAAUUGUUUUCAGCAAAAAAAAAAUAUAUAUUGUUCUGCAGCUA